AUGUGCCCAUUCGCUUACCCCACGUUCACCGAGUCGAAACCAGGUGCAUGUGCUGACAAGAAAGACGAGAAUCGUCCCGUGUGCGGACAAUGCACAAAGCGUGGUCUCGAAUGUGAAGGACCAAAAGACCUAACCUGGAUCGAUCAGAGUAGGACAUUCGAAGCCAAACCAACAAACGCAGCCCAGAAUGCUGUCGUCAAGAUAGCUAGUCCGACUGAGCUAUCUCUUAAAGCCUUUGAAGAUGACAUCUGCCUGGCGUACACUCGCAAGACCUUGCUGCGCGGAGGACCUGUCGAAAUAGCCUGCAACAUGGUUGAGAGCUACGGCGCAUCUAUAGAAAGCGACAAUCCAGGUCUUGAUCUGUUGCGCAAAGGGAUACUAACCUUGUCUGUUACCUUUUUUGGAAGCCAACAUCGACAGGACUACAUCACAAAAAAAGGUUAUUCCCAAUACAGUGAGGUACUGCGGCAGCUGAAUUCGCAUCUUUCUCACCCGGAGCUGCAGUUGACAAACGAAACUCUAUUGACAGCAUUGUCUUGUAUGCUUCUCGAGAUCUUCUUGCCGACUGGACCGAAGAAUUUUUUGAAGCACCAGCGAGGCCUCGAUGCCAUCGCGAUGCUACGGGGCCCACCGAAAGAGUCCGAUGGUACUACGGCAACAAUUUUUCGCGGCUUGCGCAUUCUCUCUAUCGUUGGCUCGCUGGCGGAGUCUAGGACUUCUCUGUACUCCAGAGAAGAAUGGAAGCAGGUUCCGCCUGUCCAGGCAAGCGAGGCAGGAUACUUUCAGCAUCACGUUUUCACCAUUCUGGCCGAUUGUACCCGUCUAAUUGGCCGUCGCAAUGCCCUGCUUGCUUCCAAUGCCAUACCCGCCAGUUUGGAACCGUUACUUGUCGAGGCGGAAGCUGUUUUGAGCGCGCUGGAGGCGCUGUAUCCGCUCUGGGAGGCUUUAAAUCGAAACCAGCUAGCUGGAGUGACAGUGCAGUCAGAUAUGGCGAAGACACUGGGGGUGGCCAACCAUGUCUCUGCAACGGCAUAUAUGCUUUACAAUACUGCAUACAUAUGCGUCCUUCAAAUCAAGGAUUCGUUGUCUCCGUCGCCGAUUAAUGUUGCACGGCGAAACGCUGCAGCGACGAGCAUCGCCAAAUGCUUGGAAUUGAAAGAAUACGAACAGCGCGAGGGUGCACCACAAUCGAACACCAUAGCCUACGUAGCUAUAAGAGUAGCGUGGCAAGCGUUGGGCGGUUUCGACUCUCCGGAAGGACGACGCUUAGCACAUGUUGUCGAUUCUGCGACGAAUUCGGUCUUCCAGCAGCCAUCUCUGCCAUCGGAUGAGUCGCUCUUUUCUAGGUUUGUCGAAAGGAUGCCGGUCGUGCUACCUGACUGCACGUCGUACCCCAAUGAGCAGUAUGAUGCAUGGUCUGAUGGGCCGCCAGGCAUCAUUGAAUUCAGCAUGCAACAGUUGGUCAUACAUCCCCGAUUUUACGUAGAGACUUCUGACUCCCAUAGGCAUCUCGCAUAG